AUUUCUCGCGUUUUCGUCACCAAGAGCAAGCGAGCAAGGGGUUGCCUUGGUGCAAAAACGUUCUUCUGUGACGCAAGUUGUGCGCAAAUGGGUUUGGUAUAAGGCCAAGGAAGUUAGAGGGCGACAUUUUAUGUCACUUCAACGGAGGCAUCCAAAAUUUUAUGAGAGCUUUCUCUCACCGCAACAGCCUCAACAAGCUAGUGGUAACUUCGCGCCAAAAGCCGCGUAGGCUUUGGAACAAAUAAGCGACGAUCAAUGAGUUCAAUAAUUCGCCAUGACCUUCCUUUGUGCGGUGUACUUGCUUCACGACGGCAGCUGGUUAACCUUUGAAUUAUUAUAAAUUCCAUCCCAGACGCGUUUUACAUGUACGUGUCUGGAUUUGACAAAACAGAUCCCCCUUUUUCUCCCCUUAUUGUGGAUUGUUCCACCCACGCAAUCCAACAAAAAGGGCAGGCUACGCCCCCUCGCUCUCACUUCCACUGUUCCAAUAUGGCUGCGGCUGUAGCGGCGAGCUGGGCGGGUAUGACUCGGUAACGCGGCGGGAAGAUGGCUAAGAAUACUACGAUCUACCUGCGGAUCAGCGAGGCCAAGAAUCUCCCACCGAGAGAUGCGAUCCUCGGUCCGGGGACGGGAGAUCCGUACUGCACAGUAAAGGUGGACAAUGAAACCGUAGCAAGAACUGCCACAGUAUGGAAGAGCACUAACCCAUUCUGGGGAGAGGAGUACACCCUGUACCUGCCUCGCAGCUUCCACAGUCUGUCCGUGUAUGUCUGCCACCAUGACUCACUGGGGGCAGAUGCAGUCAUUGGGAAAAUGUUGCUGGCCCGUAAGGCCCUGUGUGCCGAGCCAAGAGGUCUGGAGAAGUGGUUCCCCCUGCGGAAGGUGGACAAAGACUCGGAGGUGCAGGGGGAGUUACAGCUGGAGAUGUGGUGCCAUGGCAACAGGGGGUUCACGCCCGCAGCCGGAGAUUUCACCACCAUCUGUUGUGUGGUGGUGCAGGCAAGGGACUUGGCAGUGAAGGAGAAAGCGGGCAUUGUGGAUGCGUUCGUCGAACUUUCCCUGCAGGAGGACAAGGCCAAAACACAAGUCAUAAAGAGGACAAGAUUUCCCAAGUGGAAGGAGACAUUUGAUUUCACCAUUCCCACCAAACUUGUGGAGUCAGCCACACUACAGUUCACAGUGUGGGACUGGGAGAAGCAGGGGAAUCACGAUUUCUUAGGACAAGGAGAAGUGGCCCUGACAGAACUACAUGGUGAAGAACAUGUUCUAGGGUGGCACAGACUCUGUCCAAGAGCAUCAACUGUAGAUGAUGAAAGCACCAAGGACAGACUUUUGCCUAACAUUGCUCAUAUUGAAUACAUGACAUCCUUUCUUGACAGUUUCUUCUUAAUCAUUAAAUGUCAAUACCUCGAGCAUAAAAUGCUUGUCUCUAGCAGCAGAAAUAUCAUCAUAACAAUUAUUUCAGCACCAAGGACAGCCUUUUUGGUAGCUCUGAUUUUUGCCUUUGCCCACAGCUCUGAGCUGGGCUCUCUAAGACUGAAGGUACGCUGCACAGAGGAACACAUCCUGCCUUCUCAGUACUACCAGCCAUUGGUGGACCUCCUGGUAGAAUCUGUGCAGUCCAGUAUAGAGCCAGAGACUCCCACCCCACUGAGUAUGUUAGAGGAGGUCAUGACUAUGGACAGGAUGGACAUUGCCACGACCUUGGUCAAGGUCUUUCUGGGGGAGGGGAUGGUGGUCCAGUUUUUAGAUGCCCUCAACACUCAAGAGAUACACAAUACCAAGGAUCCUAACACAUUAUUCAGGGGGAACUCAUUGGCUACAAAGUCAAUGGACCAAUUUCUGAAGGUUGUGGGGAUGCCGUACCUACAUGAAGUCCUGAGACCAGUUGUAGAUCAGAUUUUUGAAGAUAAGAAGACGGUGGAGUUAGAUCCAUGCAAAGUAGACUCCUGUAGAAGGAGAUUAAGUGUUAAGUCACAGUCUGAUGGCCAGUUGUUAGAGCACAGUGCGAUGAUCCUGACUGGGUAUCUAGAACAGAUCGUGGACAACAUAGUCAUGUCAGUGGACCAGUGUCCCCCUGUCAUCAGACUGGCCUUCAGACAGCUCAGUAAGAGAGUGGAGGACAGAUUUCCUGAGCAUCAGGAUGUGAAGUACCUAGCCAUCAGUGGUUUCCUGUUCCUGAGAUUCUUUGCUCCGGCUGUCCUGUCCCCCAAACUCUUCGCCCUUAGGGACCAACACGCUGAUGCCAAGACUAGUAGGACCUGCACUUUACUGGCAAAGGUUAUCCAGAGUAUAGGUAACCUGGGUUUGCAGUGUGGGAGAGGGAAGGAGACGUGGAUGGAGCCACUCCACCCCUUCAUACAGGACAGCUCCUCUCGUGUGCAGGACUUCCUGGACCAACUUAUAGACAUUGACGAAGCCAAUGGCAAGGAAGCGCAGAGGCGGAGCGCCUUCCACCAGUCUGUCACAAUCAAGGAAGGUCACCUCCUCCGCCGGCGCAGGGCAGACGACGGCCUGGUCCUCAUGCCCUUCAGCUUCAAGAGGAGAUACUACUGGCUGUGUAAUGAUGCCCUGGCAUACGCCAAGUCCCCGGAGGACCAGAUUCGCACAACCACCAUGACUCAUCGCAUCUGUGCCGUGGAGCGGGUGGAUGAGAACGCCUUCCAGCGACCCAAUGUGUUUCAGGUCAUCAUCAGAGAUGGAGACGGUUCACUGAGCACCACCUAUCUACAGGCAAAGGAUGUGAAUGAGAUGCACCAAUGGCUGUCAGCCAUCAGGAAGACCUGUGUGACAAACUCUCGCAUGCUGGGGACCUUCCACCCAGGGACCAACAGGGCGGGCAAGUGGACAUGUUGUCUGGAGACGGACAAAACAGCCCGUGGUUGCAGUAAAACCCACUCAGCGGUGACGUUGGGUGAUUGGCGGGACCCGCUGGACCCUGACGCCGAGGCUCAGACUAUUUACUCCCAGAUCCUGCUGGGCAGGGACAUACUCAGAUCCAAGUACCUGGAGCUAGCAGAUGCCGGGUCUACAGCUGAGAGCUCCCAUGAGCAGGCCAACAACUCUGAGGCAGAGAGCCAGAACUCAGUAGGGAACAGCUCAGAAUCUGGUCACAACUCAGAACCUGAUUCUAAAACAAAACCAGAUAUCAGAAGAAGUCGAUCGUUUUACGAUGCCAAGAUGGCGGCAGCGGCCAGACUGCUGGACGUGAUCGCUGAUCUGGAGAGAGUCCACGAGGCUUUCAACAAGAGGGAACGCGAGCGGGCCAAGGGGCUGGAGCGGGGCAGAUCCCUGUCUAUGGAAUCUACCGAGUAACUCUUUAAAGUAAAAAGAAUACAUGAA